AUGAUCAUUUUCAUUCUUCUCUUAUUACCACUAUUAUUCUCGGUAGUGUUCGUUUGGAUUAUUCCAACUGUUAGUAUUUGUGGCAAACUUUAUGUGGUCAAAAAUGGAGAUUCAUGUUGGUCAAUUGGAAAGGCAAACUCGAUAACAGUUCAACAAAUUCAAGCACUUAAUCCUCAGGUGGGUUCAAAUUGUAGUGUACCGAUUGGUCAAUCAUUAUUAUUACAACCACCGUGUACACCUCAAUGUGGUGCAGUUUAUACAGUAAAAGAAGGUGAUUCAUGUUGGACUAUUUCACAGAACAAUUCACUAACUAUCGCACAAAUUCAGGCACUGAAUCCUCAAUUAACUUCAAAUUGUACUGUUUUUAUCGGUCAAAUAUUAUUUUUACAACCAGCGUGUAAUAGUGGUGGUUCAACAUCAACAGCAAUGACCACCAUCUGA